AACGGUUAAGAGCGAGCUCUAUUGUAGAUCUGUCAUUAGAAAAAUAUCAACCGAAUUUUCUGCGUGGGGACUCAGCGGAGCGUCGUUACGUCAGCGCGCUCCAUCCGAGCCGGGCCGCCGCCACCACAUUGCAGCCGGCGCGUGCCCCGAGAGCUGUUUGACGUUGGCGGCUUGGCGGGCGCGAGAGCGCGCGAGGUGGUAGGCUGCAGCGAGGGGGCGGGUAUUGAAUGAUCCGUCAAAUUCGGCCGAACGGAAAGAGGGCGUGGCGAGGGUAAAAGUCCAAGUAGCCUGACUCUCAUCGCUUGUUUGACACUGCUGCCAGGGUCGGGGUGGACCGGUUUGGAUGGCCGCUGCUUUCUUCACCUUGCCGGGUCGGUGGCAGUUGGUGAAGACUCUCAGAUUGGUUCAGAAUUUACCAGCGGUUAACCUGCAUUUAUCUGGAGUUGCCAUGAUUGCAACAGAAGCCGAAUUUGAGAAAGCAAAGAAUAAGUUGAAGACUUUAAAGAACGAUCCUGGAAAUGAAGUAAAAUUGCGAAUAUAUGCAUUGUUUAAACAGGCUACCGAAGGUCCUUGCAAUUCACCAAAACCCAGUAUGUUGGACUUUGUCAACAAAGCAAAAUGGGAUGCUUGGAAUUCACUUGGCAAAAUACCCAAGGAGGAAGCUAGACAAAAAUAUGUUGACCUCAUAGAAACAUUGGUUUCUCCAGAAGUCCCCACCCAAAGCGAAGCAACCAUCGCAGAUGUGAAGUCAUCAUUCCAGACAAUAAGGGUCACAAGUGAAAACAACAUCACCACUAUUCUUCUAAACAGACCAGCUAAAAAAAAUGCUAUUUCUGGAUUGAUGUAUGAAGAAAUUAUGAAAGCACUUGAACAAGCUGCAAAGGAUGAUUCUACACUGACUGUAAUGACAGGUAGUGGUGAUUAUUACUGUAGUGGGAAUGACUUGAGCAACUUCACUGAUAUUGGGCCAGAAGGAGUAGAGCAGAAGUCCAAGAACUCUGGAGAACUACUGAAGAGAUAUGUAAGCCAUUACAUUGAUUUUCCAAAGCCGCUGAUUGGUGUAAUUAAUGGUCCUGCUGUUGGAGUUGCUGUCACUAUUUUAGGCUUAUUUGAUGCAGUCUAUGCCACUGAUAAAGCCACAUUCCAUGCACCAUUUAGUCAACUUGGUCAAAGUCCAGAAGGUUGCUCAUCCUACACCUUCCCUAAGAUAAUGGGCACUAGCAAGGCCAAUGAAAUUCUCUUGUUCAACAAGAAAUUAACAGCAGCUCAAGCUUGUGAACUGGGAUUGGUGACUGAAGUAUUCCCUGACAGUACAUUCCAAAAAGAGGUUUGGAAAAAGUUACAUGCUUAUGCAAAACUACCCAAAAAUUCUCUGGCCUUUUCAAAGCAGCUAAUAAGAGGUGUUGAAAAGGAAAAGCUGCAUGCUGUUAAUGCCCAAGAAUGUGAACGACUGGUGGAAAGAUGGUUAUCUGAAGAAUGCAUGAAAGCCAUAAUGGGCUUCUUUGAAAAGAAGUCAAAACUGUGAUUUUAUUUCCAUAUUGUUCAGUAAUUGACAUCCAUAAAUUUAAAUACUAGAUAUGAUUGGAAAACAUUUGUUAUUAAUCUUUUCGAUUGUUAAGUUUUUUUUAUCAAUACUUCAUUGCAAUGUAAUUACUGAUUAGUCAGCCAUACUACUGUAUGUCUUCUAAGUGUUUUCAGAAAUGUAUAACUUUAAAUGUUCAAUCUGAUGUGUGAUUAUUAAUUUGGAGAAUUAUGGAUGGCUAGGAGGAAACGAGUUGAAAUCUGAAACAUUAUCAGAUCUGUAAGUACUAUGUCACUCUUCUAAUUUUAAAGUCUGUAAUUUUGCAUCAUAAAUGGAUAAUACCAAAAACAAUGAUAAAGCUG